AUUAAUAUCAUGGCGACAUUCUCUUACCCGUCUACAGAGGAGACAACAAAUGCCUGUAGAGUGUGUCGACUUGUUCUGGGUCCAUGUACAGAUCAACUUCGUGAUGUUUUACGUCAUCAUGUACCAUCGUCAACAUUCCCGCAAGUCAUUUCACGAGAGAUAAGCAAUCUUCCCCGUCUGACAGCACCACAAAUGAAUCUUAUUUUACCAAGAGGCAGUAGUUAUAUAGGAAACUAUAGUGAUAUGGACAUUCCUUUAUUGUACACACUGCUUAGAAACAUUUGUAGUAUACCACAACAUAAGAACGGUUGGGGAAAUGAUCCAUGUCCUACCGAUAGAUCUCUCUCAGCCAACAUUGAAAGGAUUAGAAUGGCAAGAAAUCAGUGUGCUCAUUCUUCUAGUCCUGUCCUUUCCAAUGCUGGAUUCAACACAGUCUGGUCAACUGUCAGAUCAGCAGUAGUUGAUCUUGAUUCUUUCCUUAACAAUGGAAACCAGUAUGAAAGAGAGGUAGAUGUUUUGAGGCAUGAGACAAUGGAUCCUGGCCGUGAUCGUCACUAUAUAGAGGAACUGAGAAAACAGGCUGAAGAAGAUGUAGCCACUAGAGAAAGAGUUCAUGGCCUUGAGUGUAAAGUCGAAGAGGUUGUUAAAGAUCAAAAUGUGAAAGAAAAUAAGAUGAAGCAAAUUGCUGAUGAAGUAUUAAAGCUUAAAGAUGUAUCUAUUCCUUCAAAUGUGAAAGCUCUUCAUGAGAUUGAUGUCAUACACUGGAGAAAAGAUGACACAGUUUUCCUUGAAUCUCACAACUUCCCUUCUAUGCUAGUAAAGGUGAAGAAAAAUUCACAUGUGACGUUUAUUGGUGUCCCGGGGUCUGGAAAAACAGCCACAGCUCGUCAUAUCGCCCUGAUGUUACAACUGGAAGGGUAUGAGAUUGUACCCAUCAAAGACAUCAGAAAGAUAGAGGACUACUGUGAUCCCAGGAAUCCACAGGUUUUUGUCAUUGAUGAUGUGGUAGGUGUAUUUGGACUUCAAGAAACAAAACUAAACCUUUUGUCUGAUUACCAGAAAAGAAUCAUCAAGCCUACUAUGCCGAAAUCAAAAACUCUCAUGACAUGUAGAGAGGCAGUGUAUAGAAAAACAAUUGAGUCAAGUUCAUUUUUUACAAAUGAAACCAACCUUGUUAUGUUACAUAGUGAAGCUAAUGCUUUAACUGAUACUGACAAAAUUAAUAUACUUAAUAUGUACAAGAUAGAAGUAGACCUGUUGUCUCCUGCGAAUUUGACAUCUGCAUCAAAAAUGUUUCCCUAUCUUUGUAAACUAUAUUCAACAGAGAAGAAAUUCCAGUUGUAUGGGUCUGUAUUUUUUCAAAAUCCAGUUCCAUGCAUUUUGAAAGAACUUGAAGAAUUAAAAAAACAAAACAAAAUCCAUUAUGUUUCUUUGGUUUUAUGCAUGAUGAACGAGAACAAAAUGUCGGAGAAAAUCCUAGUAGAAUCAGAAAACGAGGAAGUUAAUAAAAAAUUCAAUGAAAUGAAACAUUGUGUUCUGCAGAAAUGCAAAGUUUGCAGACAAACUGAUAAUUUUAAAUUUGUCGAUGCAUUGUCAGAAAUGGAGGGGACUUUCACAAAACUCUGUGAAGCUCAGUAUAGAUUUGCUCACGAUUCUAUGUUUGAAAUCGUUGCAUAUCAUUUUGGAUGUCAGUUUCCAGAACUCAUUUUACACUUUAUGAGUAGUAGUUAUAUUGCAAAUUCUGUAAAACUUCGUAAAUCUCAAACGAAAAAAUUAAGCAAUAUGCCUCAACAAGCGAGUGACAAUAUUGAAUUCAAUGGUAAAUGUGUGGAAGUGGAAACGAAUGUUGUACACGGUGGUGAAAGUAUACUAAAGGAAGAGAGUGUCGUAUUUAGUGGUGAAAAUAGUCUCUACAGAGACAUAGAAAAUAUGGAACUAUAUGAUGUUUUUAUGAAUAAUGUUUUAAAACAACCUAAGGUGUGUCAGGCUUUUAUUGAGGUAUUGAUGUCAAAGUCUUACACAGAGUUAAAAUCUCUAUUUCUGUCAGAACAGAAAGACGUGUCUAAGGUAAUGAGAAAAAGAGAACGUGUGAUAAAGGAGAGUGAGAAGAGGGAUAAGAGGAGCUGGGAAAGUGGUAGACAGGAGGUAGUGUUGAAUGAGAGAGGAACAACGGACAGUGUCAGGGUUAUCAGUUGGGUUGUUUAUUAUGGACAUAAUCAGAUUCUUAAGUAUAUUUCAGAACAAAUUCAAUUACACGGAGAAACUCUCUGUGAACUAUUUCCUAGGAAUUGUUCUAACACUGAUAUGAAGUAUACAAAAGGAAUGGGGAAUAUCACUCAACAAACUUCUGAACAGUAUCGCCUACUACUACUGGGUUGUUACAGUGGUGAUCUAGAGACUGUUAGAAUAUUACUGAAAAAUGUAAAUGAAAAUUUAAUCGACAUUCAACAAAAUGUAGAUGACCAUUUCAUGUGGUAUGACACACCACUGACAGCUGCAUGUGAGGGUGGACAUAAGAGUGUUGUAAAGGAGCUGCUAAAAGCUGGUGCUGAUGUUAAUUUACAAAGUUGGGAAGAUACGCCAUUAACAGCAGCAUGUAUUGGUGGACAUAUAGGUGUAGUGAAAGAGCUGCUAGAGGCGGGGGCAAAUAUUAAUGUACAUGUCGAUAUUGAUACACCAUUGACAGAAGCAUGCAGUUAUGGACAUAUAUGCAUAGUGAAGGAGCUGCUCGAAGCAGGCGCUGUAGUCAACCUUCAUGGUAGGGAUAAUUCACCACUGGUAGCAGCAUGUGAGAGUGGAUAUAAGAGUGUAGUUAAGAAGCUUCUAGAGGCGGGGGCUAAUGUAAAUAUACACGAUAAGGAUAAUACUCCAUUGACGGCUGCAUGUGAAGGAGGACAUAUGAAUAUAGUGAAGGAACUGUUACAGGCGGGAGCCGCUGUUAAUCUGCAUGGUAAUCAUGAUACACCACUGACAGCAGCAAGUAGGGUUGGAUAUAUGGGUAUAGUGAAAAAGCUGUUGGAGGCUGGGGCAGAUGUCAAUCUUCAAGGUUACUAUCAAACACCAUUGAUAGCAGCAUGCAUGGAAGGACACAUGAGUGUAUUGAAGGAACUGCUAGAUGCAGGAUGUAAUGUCAAUCUACAAGGUGAUGAUUCUACACCACUGACUGCAGCAUGUAAAAAAGGCCUUAUAAAAGUAGUGAAGGCGCUGCUUGAAGCAGGGGCUGAUGUCAAUCUACAAUGUCACCGUAAAACACCAUUGACAGAAGCAUGUGAGGGUGGAUAUCUCACUAUAGUGAUAGAGCUGCUAAAAGCAGGAGCUAAUGUUAAUCUACAAGAUCAAUACAAUACACCAUUGACAGCAGCAAGUGAGAAGGGGCAUUUGAGUAUUGUAAAGCAGCUGAUAGAGUCGGGGGCUCAUGUAAAUCCAAAAUAUCAUUGGAAUACACCGCUGACUACAGCAUGUGGUGGUGGGCAUAUGAGUGUAGUGAAGAUGUUGCUCGACGCAGGAGCUGAUGUCAAUCCACAAGGAGUCUUUAAUACACCAAUGACAGCAGCAUGUAGGGGUGGACAUAUGAGUAUCGUGAAGACGUUGUUAAUGGCGGGGGCUAAUAUCAAUCAAGUUAAAUGUAGAACACCACUGUCAGCAGCAUGUGAGGGUGAGCGUAAUGAUUUAGAGAAAGGGUCACCAGAAGCAAUGAAAUAUAUCUAUCCACAAUGUGAUAAGCCAUUGACAGUGGCAUGUAAGGGUGGACAUCUAAGUAUAGUGAAGGGGCUGCUUGAGGCAGGGGCUAAUGUAAAUCCACUAGAUAAAAACACAACACCUCUGACAGCAGCAUGUGAAGGUGGGCAUAAGAGUGUAGUGAAUGAGCUACUUAAGGCGGGAGCAGUUAUCGAUCCUCAAGACCAGAAUAAUAAUACCCCACUAACUGCAGCAUGUCAAGGUGGACACAUAGAUGUAAUAAAGGACUUGCUAAAGGCAGGGGCUAAAAUCAAUGCAUUAGGCAAAUUCAAUACACCACUGAUAGAAGCCUGUCAAAAUGGACAUUUAAAUGUUGUCAAGGAGCUUUUGGAAGCUGGAGCUGCUAUGAAUUUAAAAUGUGAAUAUAAUACACCACUGACAGCAGCAUGUAAAAGUGGACAUACGUUGAUUGUUAAAGAGCUGUUAGAGGCAGGGACUUAUGUCAAUCAACGAGGUAAAGAUGAUACGCCGCUGACAACAGCAUGUAAAGGUGGGCAUCUGGGUGUAGUAAGGAAGUUGCUAGAGUCGGGAGCUGAUGUAAAUCUGCCAGUUUACUGUAAUACACCAUUGACUGCAGCUUGUGAGAAAGGACAGAUGCUCGUAGUGAAGGAGCUACUUGAGGUAGGGGCUGAUAUCAAUCAAAGAGAUAAAUGUAAUACACCUCUUACGAUAGCAUGUAAAAGUGGACACCUGUGCGUAAUAUAGAUGUUAAUAGCGUCGGGGGCUGAUGUAAAUCUGCAAGGAUACUGCAAUACACCAUUGACUGCAGCAUGUGAGAGUGGGCAUCUAUGUGUAGCAAGAGAGCUGCUAGAGGCUGGAGCUAAUGUCAAUCUACAAGGACGUUUCGAUACCCCUUUAAUAGCUUCUUGUACUGCUGGACAUUUAAGUAUAUUAAUGGAAGUCCUUGAUGCAGGGACUGAUGUCAAUCAACAAGAUAUAUGUAAGACACCUCUUACAACAGCAUGUAAUAAGGGACAUGUAAUUAUAGUGAGGAAGCUUCUUGAGGCGGGUGCUGAUGUUAAUCUAGGAGACGAAUAUAAUACACCACUGACGGCAGCGUGUGAGGGUGGACAUACAAGUGUAGUGAAAGAGUUGCUAAAGGCAGGGGCUGAUGUUCACAAAAAAGAUUGUGAAGGAAGAACUCCUCUUUAUGUAGCAAUUUUAAAUCAUACUAAGUCUGAUGUAGCUGUAGUAUUAAUUCUCAAAGAGUACGGUGCAGACUCAACAAUCUGUAAUGAUGAGGGUCUUUCAUCACUUUAUAUUGCAUUAUUAAAAAACAAGGUCGGGUUGGGUCUGGAUGUUAAUCAGCGGAUUCAGCUGUAUAGUGGUUGUUAUUGGGAGUCUGAUGUGAGACCUUUGCUGUUUGUGCUGAUCGAUGAAGAAGAUGUGAAGGACAGAGAAGAGAGGUUGAGGAUCUUACUCGAGGCGGGAGUAGAUGUCAACAUCAGGGUGUUGUACAGAAAAUAUACUUCUGAGUUAGACAGUGAGAGUGUGUUUGAUGAGUUUAGUGAUGAGGAUGACGGUGAUGAACAUUUAGAUAUAAGAUACAUGUUAGACAGCGAAGGCAUAACUGCUCUAGAGAGGACACGAAGAUUGGUGAGGAAGGUCAGAAACAGCAAAUACAGAGGGAGAAGAAUGAAAGUAUCUGAGUACAAGAGAGUGUUGAGUGAAUUAAAAAAGCAUAGAAGCAGUACUGAAAGACUGAAAGUUAUGGCAACCUCCUCUUAUUCAUCUACAGAGGAAACGACAAAUGCCUGUAGAGCUUAUCGACCUCUCCUGGAUCCAUGUACUGAUGAACUACGGGAUGUUUUACGUCACCAUGUACCACCGUCAAUAUUCCCACACGUCAUUGUUCAAAAAAGAAGUAAUCUACCCCGUCUGACAGCACCUCAAAUAAAUCUCAUUUUACCCAGAGGUAACAGUUAUACCGGAAACUAUAGUGAUAUGGAUAUUUCUUUAUUGUACAUACUGCUUAGAAACAUUUGUAGCAUACCACCACGCAGUAACGGCUGGGGAAAUGAUCCAGAUCCUACUGACAGAUCUCUCUCUGCCAGCAUUGAGAGGAUUCGUAUUGCCAGAAAUCAGUGUGUUCAUUCUUCUAGUCCCGCCCUCUCCAAUGUUGAUUUCAACAAAAUCUGGUCCACUGUCAGAUCAGCAGUUGUGGAGCUUGAUUCUUUUCUCAACAACGGAAACCAGUAUGAAAAAGAGGUGGAUUUUUUAAGACAUGAGACAAUGGACCAUGUCCGUGACCUUCAUUUCAUUGAAGAACUGAGAAAGCAGGCUGAAGAGGAUGAAGCAACUAGAAAAAUUGUUCAUGGCCUGAAGCGUAAAGUCGAAGAGAUUGAUUCAGACCAAAUUGAGAAUAAAAAUAACAUAUUGAAAAUUGAUGGUAAGCAUCACAUUAAGAUCCUAGCAGAUAAUAGUACAGUGGACUUUGGAUUGAUUCAGAAUAUGGUUGCCAGAUUUCCUUUGGAAAAUGCACUCUGCAAUCUGUGUAUUGCAUCAGCCAGGAGAAAAGCAUAG